UAGUAGUACUUUUCGCCUUCAGCCUUCACUGCUGUUCUCCACAGGAACGAGUUACUCUCUCUCUUGUUCUUCAGUGGGUGAAUGGAGCAGUGAGGAAGAAGCAUGUACAGACAUUGAUGUUGUCCUUCUCCAUUGGGACAACUCGAGAUAGAGUUGUUCUUGAUAAGAAACAAAAUCUGAGGCGUCGAAGUGAAGGGCAAAAAGCUCCACAAUGGAAUCAUAUCAAGGUCUUGGGCCUGAAAAUGUCAUUGUGAAUAUGUUUUGUGCAUUGGAACAAAGAACAAUGGCUCAAUGAGCAUCACAACCACCAAGCAACAAGAAAUGAGAAUGAGUAAGCUCGAGUUUUUGAGCGGAUGAAUCAUGGAAAAAAAGCCAUUCUGUAUUGCAAGAAGACGAAUGAAUGUCGGAAGUCGACUUUGUGCCGUGGUCAAGUGAGUGAUGGAAAAGGGCUGAUUUUGGCAAUAAAAACUUGGAUUUGCCAGAAGAUAUGUUUGGAGUACCUGACCCUAACAGUGUUGACCUGAGCGACUCGUAACAAAGCUAAAGAUGGGAUGUGUGUCCAGCAGACCUGAUAUUAACGAUACCCACAGAGAUGUAUUCACCGUCAAAUCCUUGGACGAGCACGGAAACGAGCUCCAUGAAGGCCAGAUCAAGAUCACGGACACCACCGUGACCUUCUAUGUCAAGGGCCAUGAGCCUAUGGAGUGGCCCUUAAGGAGCAUUCGCCGCUACGGCGCCGAAAAUGACAUGUUUUGCUUCGAAUCUGGACGCAGAUGUCAGACGGGUCCGAAAUUCUGCGCCUUUAAAUGUCAAAAGGCUGAUAGUCUUCUGAAACUACUGCAAACCUAUGUCAGAAGCACAAGUCGAGGAGGAACAAGCCGAAACACAACCAAUCGAGGAUCAGUGCCAGAGCACUCGGGAUCAGACAGCAACCCAGAGCUUCUGAAUCGUCAGCAGAGUGUGGACUCUCUGCAACCUUCAACUUUGGCGCGAAAUACAAGCACCAUGGCAACCUCGUCGACGACGAACACUUUAAAUCAAAUGACGAACCGCUCCAGAUUGGCCUCCUUGGAAAUGGUCGAGAUUUUACCUGAAUACGCCAAUGUGAAUUGCAAUGGUGGAACGAUCGUACUGGACGCCGACGGGCAUCCAGUGCCAACCACACCUGGAGGACCCACGGGAACACUGACCUCUCAGUCCCGAGAAUAUGAAAAUGUGGGCAUUGCCGAGGCCGCUCGAUCUCCUUGUCAUACGGUCUCAUUGAAUGGUAUGACGCAGAGCACCAGUAUUAUUGAUUCCUUGCCUGGAUACCACAUGCCCAAACGAUCCCCAGGGGGUCCGAAAUCAGCCCCACUGAAUGGAGUGUUCUUCCCCCACUCUCAAUCCACAUCGAAUGGGUUCUUAGGGGGAGUCGAGGAUCCCUAUGAUCAAAGCAAACAGAUCAACUACAUCGACGUGGAAUUCGAUCACACAAUCGCGCCAAGUCCCGUGUCAAACGGCAAUGGGAUCCCAGUCCCCAAUGGAUUGGUACUCAAACAUUCAACGCUGGAUGGGGCGGGUACCUCAGAGAGUAACUACAGCAAAAUCGAUAUUGAUCGAACCGUGGCACUCUCGAAGACCGCCACUCAACAAACUCAACGAGCACUCGAUCCCAGUACAAGUGAUUCCCCCAUCGGGGUCCGGAAAACCCGUCACAACUCCACACUAUCCGAGCUGAACUCAAAUUUGGUAGAAGGCAUAGGUGGUUUUGUGUCCCGCAAACGGAACAGUGUCAUUGAGGACCAGAAGGCCUAGUUUUCAGAAUUGAUUGAUGUUAGUUGUCAGGGUCCACCAAAACAGACCAGAUGUAGACCUUUCCCUUUGGAAGGGUCUCAUUGCUAGUCAUUAAUAAAAAACAAAACCAUCAACACGCAUACAAUUACGGAGAAGACCAAAGCUCAGUGAAAUGAUGCCCGUCCGUUCACAGAGGGUUGGUCAGAUCUCAUUCGAGCAAUGAAUUUUUACCUGCGUAUCACAGUUAUUUUCAAUGUCUUUGUUGAAUAUUAUAUUAUUGAAAAAGAAAUGAAUCACUCUCA